GUUAGCAACUAUUCUAUCUGACCAAAUGAACGCUUUAAUACAUAUGGCGCCUUUUUUGGCUUGUAUUCUAACUUUGUUUUCAAUUGUCCCGCAAACAGAAAGUGUCACAUUAGAUCUUAGUUUGACUGCUUUCCCGGAUGUGAUUGAGUGUUACCAUGGAACAUUCUUAAAUUGCGGCGUCUACAGAUUUUUUCGUACAAGAAGUGGCAUAAUAUCCAUGAUAAAAUAUGGUUCUACUCUCCUUGAUGGACCUGUAUACGAUCUGAUAUAUGGUUUGAAGGAAGUCAUUGUACAAGAUUAUAAGAGGGAUGGAAUUCAUAUGGUAACGGUUCACCUCUGCUUCGAAAAUAAUACUCCGCUACAAACUCAGUAUUUAAAGGUGGUAAAUGGAACUUUCAUAACUUCCACCAAGGAUAUUUUGCAUUCACUAAUAAAUGGCCCUAUAUUGUUGUCACUAAAUCUUCGCGAAGGUUCCGUACAUCCAUUUAUCACAAUGCAUCAAUCUUCAGGUUUCUAUAAUGGGUUUCAAUGGUCCCUACUGCCAUCCACACAUCAUAAGGCAUAUGAACUGCCAGAAUUACACAUAAGGGUUAACAUGGGACUCUUCUUCAUAUCACCAAUAUUUAUUGUAGAUAAAGAACACACCUUUCCUAAUCCACCGCCAACAUGUUUAAGUGCUCCUAUUACAAAGUUUUUUGUUUCCAGCAAAGAUAACUCCAUGGUGUUGUGGCUUAAACGUAAUCGACGCAGCAAACCAUUGGCUAUAAGGCUCCCUUCUACCAUUGAUGGCGUGUUUAGGCCUAAGAAUAUUUUGCUGAUACCUCAGAACAUUAGCUAUUUAGAGAUUGGAUAUAAACCAUCAAGAGAUAAUGAAAUUACUAUUGAUAUUUCUAAAACGGAAUCCACUAUUUCAUCUCUUAUCAUUUUGUCCAACCUACUAAGGGGAGAUUGGUAUUACAGUCAGUACACCAUAGUCCCAAUAGAAGCGCAUGAGUAUAAUAUGGUCAACGUAAUAAAUUCCAUUAAACGCUGUGAUAUAUAUAAAUCGACGGAAUCGGAAUCUGUAAGCCACAUAGAGCUAUUUGACAAUUAUAUUAACGGAUGGCAAUAUGUCGUAGUAAACAUGAGUGUUAUAGAUGGAACAAAUAUUACUGAGAAGAAAAAGGUGUAUAUGCGCCAUUUUGAUGAACGAGGUGAUAAAUAUAUGGAUUUAGACGUGUUGGGUAUACAUACAUAUUUGGAUAUCUUAUAUAAUAUACAGACUAUAGACCCUGAACUGUACAGCAGACCAGGAUAUACUACAUCGUCUUAUGGUCCUUCGAUUUAAAUUCUAUUCAGAUUAAACAUAAUUU